UCUUACCGGAAGUGGCUCCACUAAGGGCGGAAGGCACCGAGGCCGGUCCUAGGGGGGUUUCUGUCCCCGCCGGGCUGCCGCGAUGGAACUCAGCGCAGACUACCUCCGGGAGAAGCUGCAGCGGGACCUGGAGGCGGAGCACGUGGAGGUGGAGGACACGACUCCUGGCCGUUGCGCGACCAGCUUCCGAGUCCUGGUGGUGUCGGCUAAGUUCGAAGGGAAGCCACUGCUUCAUAGACAUCGGCUGGUGAAUGCGUCCCUAGCAGAAGAGCUCCCGCACAUCCAUGCCUUUGAGCAGAAAACUUUGACUCCAGACCAGUGGGCUCGUGAGCAGCAGAAAUGAGGGACCGAUGCCUGCGCAGCAUUAAAUGACAAAUCAGGGCCAGCUUCUGUGUCUGUGUGUUGUGUGUGGCAGGGGCUCUGAAGCUGAGUGUACUGCUUGGCUUCUGUCUGCCUUGCUUCGAUUCAAGUUCCGCUCCCCAUGUAGCCUCUGUGUCCAGCUUGUAAAAUGAAAUUCUGUCCUUAGGUCCCUUCCAGAGUCUGCCUUGCAAACCUUUCUUGUAGACCCCUAAGAAUCUGUAUUGCCACUCCCCACCCAAUCAUGCCUGGGAAUUCUACCUGCUGAGGAGACUGAAGCAGGAUAAUUACAAGUUCAGGGGCAGCCUGGUCCACUUAGUAAGACCCUAUUUCAAAAUAAAAUAAAAGCUGGGCAUAUGCUCAGUGCCUACCUA